CCGCUUGUUAAUGCAGCAAAGCAGCUGAGGGGACGAGAAUAGCUUGAGAAGAGACCGCAGGUUGGCUGCGUUUGCAGCCAGGAGAGGAGAGGGGAAGAUGCCUUCUCCAUCUUUUACCCUCGAUGCUCAGCUGAGAUUUCAUGACAAAUGGCUGAAGAUAGACUUACAGCGGGCAUUCUCUCCAGAGGGGCUGAGUGAGAUGUGGAAUGAAAUGGUAAAAGAUGAGGAGAUAACAUUCAACGGAGAAGAAUCAGCUCACCCAGAGGAUUGCACCGACUGCUUUGGAACUCAGAAGAAGGAUGAACCCAACGACAAAGAAAAGAAAGAGGAGGAAGAGACAUCGACAUCUGUACAUCACUCCAUCAUUGAGACGUGGGACUGGGGCCGGCAGCCUGAUGAGACUGAGUUGAAGGACUGUCUGAUGGUCCUGGUUGACGACCAGCAGAAACUCUCAGCUCAGAUGGCCAAAAGCACCCUGUCUGCCCAACGCCUGCGCCAACGCCUGGUCAUCCUGGAGCGCUACCUCAUCUCUCUCAGCCACAGCAUGAUGGAGGAAAAGUACAAGGUCCGCUGGAAGACGCCCCCCAGCCCGCCGCUGCCUGCUGCUGACAAUAAGAGCCCUCGUCCGGCCAGUAAAGGCGUCGAAGGUUUGGCCAGGGUUGGCUCCAGGGCAGCUCUCUCUUUUGCCUUUGCUUUCCUGCGGCGGGCCUGGAGGUCAGGAGAUGAUGCCGAUCUUUGCAGCGAGCUCCUCCAGGAGUCUCUGGAUGCUCUGCGUGCUCUACCAGAGGCGACACUGUUUGAUGAGGGAACUGUAUCAUCAGUGUGGCUUGAAGUUGUUGAGAGGGCAACCAAGUUCCUCAGUGAUGUACAUGGAAGUGCCAGCACCAAAGGCAACAUUCCCCUUCAGGACCAGCACCUGGCCCUGGCCAUCCUGCUGGAGCUGGCUGUACAAAGGGGCACUCUCAGUCAACUGCUGUCUGCCGUUCUGCUGCUGCUGCGCCUGUGGGAAAGUGGCACCAGAGAGAUGGACAACGAGCGCUCCACCCAGGGAACCAGCGCCCCUCUGCUGCCCCUCCUGCAGCGCUUUCAGAACAUACACAGCAGCAAGGAUGAGCCAAUUCCUGAAGAGGAAGCUGAGAUCCUCACAGCCCCCCUGAGUCCAAAUGAGAGUUUCCUGCGCUACCUGACCUUGCCUCAGGAUAAUGACCUGGCUAUUGACCUUCGGCAAACAGCUGUGGUGAUCAUGGCUCACCUGGACCGCUUGGCUUCUCCCUGCAGCCCUCCACACUGCAACUCCCCCACAUCACACAAGGGAACCCUGCAGGAGGUGAUCGCAUGGGGCCUUUUGGGCUGGAAGCUUUAUGCCAAUGUCAAUGGGCCCAUUCAGUGCAAAGCUCUGUCAAACCUUGGAGUCACACAAAUCGUCUGUUCAGAAAAGGGUUUUCUCAUCCUGUCCAGUAGUGGCGCUGUUUACACCCAAAACUACAAGAGCACAACCCUGGCUCCAAUGCUAAUCCAUUGUCUGAGCUCCAGAAAGAUUGUGAAGCUAGCAGCUCAUCCUGAUGGGCAGCACUACUUGGCCUUGUCAUCCAAUGGGGAGGUGUUCUCAUGGGGCUGCGGCGAUGGAGGCCGCCUUGGACAUGGAGACACCACGUAUCUAGAAGAGCCUACAAUGAUUGCAGCCUUCAAUGGGAAACAGACAGGAAAGCAUGUGGUACACGUUGCUUGUGGGAGCACAUACAGUGCCGCCAUUACUGCUGAUGGCGAGCUGUAUACGUGGGGCAGAGGGAACUACGGUCGACUAGGCCACGGCUCCAGUGAGGACCAGACCACACCCAUGCUGGUGACGGCGCUGAAGGGACUAAAGGUGGUGGAUGUAGCAUGUGGCAGUGGUGAUGCACAAACACUUGCUGUGACAGAGAAUGGUCAGGUGUGGUCCUGGGGGGAUGGAGACUAUGGUAAACUGGGCAGAGGAGGCAGUGAUGGCUGCAAGACACCCAAACUUGUGGAAAAACUGCAGGACCUGGACAUAGUGAAGGUGUGCUGUGGCAGCCAGUUUUCAGUGGCCCUCACCAAGGAUGGCCAAGUGUACACCUGGGGAAAGGGAGACAAUCAACGCCUUGGUCACGGCACAGAUGAGCAUGUUCGCUACCCCAAGUUACUCGACAGUUUACAGGGAAAGAAAGUUGUGGAUAUCGCUGUGGGGUCGACACACUGCCUAGCCCUCACUGAUGAUGGGGAGGUGCACAGUUGGGGCAGCAAUGAUAAGCUGCAACACUUUGAUACACUCUUUUCUAACAAGAAGCAGCCGAAGGCACUCCCAGGGCUCAACUCCAAACACAUAGUGGGAAUCUCUUGUGGUCCAGGACAGAGCUUCGCCUGGUCCUCGUGCUCAGAGUGGUCUGUUGGGCAGCGUGUGCCCUUUGUGGUGGAUGUUUGCCCCAUGACCUUUGAGCAGCUGGACCUGCUCCUGCGGCAGGUCAGUGAGGGAAUGGACGGCAGCUCAGACUGGCCUCCCCCACAAGAGAAGGAGUGCAUGGUAGUCGCCACACUCAACCUGCUCAGGCUCCAGCUCCAUGCAGCCAUCAGUAACCAGGUGGACCCAGAGGAGCUGGGACUGGGGCUUGGCAGCGUGCUGCUGAACAACCUCAAACAAACAGUGGUGGUACUCGCUAGCAAUGCUGGGGUGCUCAAUACUGUCCAAGCAGCUGCCCAAGCAGUUCUCCAAAGUGGCUGGUCAGUGCUGCUGCCCACUGCUGAGGAAAGGGCGAGGGCAUUAUCCUCACUUCUACCUAAUGCUGCAUCCGGAAAUGAAAUGAGUGUGAGCCCUGGACGUCGCUUCAUGAUCGACCUGUUGGUCAGCAGUUUAAUGGCUGAUGGAGGGUUGGAAUCUGCCCUGAAUGCAGCCAUCACUGCUGAGAUACAGGACAUUGAGGCCAAGAAGGAGGCCCAGAAAGAGAAGGAGAUUGAUGAACAGGAGGCUAAUGCUUCCACUAUGCACCGUUGUCGCACCAUGUUGGACAAAGACCUCAUCAACACAGGCAUCUAUGAGUCCGCGGGGAAGCAGAGCCUGCCACUGGUGCAGCUUGUGCAGCAGCUGUUGAGGAACAUCGCCUCCCAGACCAUCGCAAGGCUGAAGGAUGUUGCUCGGCGUAUUUCCAACUACUUAGAGGCAGAGCAUGUCAGCAAGGAACGCUCUGCGUCUCUGGACCUGCUGCUGCGCUUCCAGCGGCUGCUGGUUAGCAAGCUCUAUCUGGGUGUCAACGGCACAGAGCAUGUCAAUGGAUACAAUCCCGAGCUUCUGGGUGUUGGUUCCCUGUUAAAAAAGUACAUCGCCCUGCUGUGCACUCACAUUGGAGACAUCCUCCCAGUGGCAACAAGUAUUGCCUCUACUGGUCGCCGUCACUUUGCUGAAGUCUCACGUGUUAUUGAAGGAGAUCUAACUGGAGUGCUGCUGCCUGAGUUAGUGGUGUCCAUCGUCCUCCUCCUCACCAUUGAUGCAGGUCUAAUGCAGGAGACUGGUUCUAUCCCUCUCCUCGCUGGUCUCCUGGAGCACCUCGACCGCUUCAAUCACCUGGCUCCAGGGCAUGAGAGGGACGAUAAUGAGGAUUUGGCCUGGCCAGGCAUUAUGGGAUCUUUCUUCACAGGGCAAAGUUCCAAGAACAAUGAGGAGGUUUCCCUCAUUCGCAAGGCUGACCUGGAGAACCACAACAAAGAUGGUGGUUUCUGGACAGUCAUUGACGGAAAGGUCUAUGACAUCAAGGACUUCCAGGCUCAGUCCCAGUCGCUAACGGGAAACAGUAUCCUGGCUCAGUUUGCAGGAGAGGACCCUGUGGUUGCUUUGGAAGCCGCUCUGCAGUUUGAGGACACCAGGGAGUCGAUGCAGGCCUUCUGUGUUGGCCAGUACAUGGAGCCUAACCAGGAGACAGUCACCACUCCAGACCUCAGCAGUCUCUCCUCCCCGCUUAUUGACACAGAGAGGAACCUGGGGCUUCUGCUGGGUCUCCAUGCCUCCUACCUGGCCAAGAGCACCCCCCUGUCCCCCAUGGAGAUCGAAUGUGCCAAAUGGCUCCAGUCCUCCAUAUUCUCUGGGGGCCUGCAGACCAGUCAGAUCCACUAUAACUACAAUGAAGAAAAGGAUGAAGACCACUGCAGCUCUCUGGGUACAACCACUCCAGACAAGGCCAAACUCUACUCCCGAAGAAUAACCCUCAGCGACCACGCACAGCCUUUCCUGCAGGCCAUUGCUGACAACAACACUCAGGACCACACUGUGAAGGACUUCCUAUGCCAAAUAGAGCGUUGCUGUAAGCAGUACCAUCUUAUUACACCCAUCACCUUCCCCCCGGAACACCCUGUGGAGGAAGUCGGCCGCCUGCUGCUCUGCUGCUUGCUCAAACAUCAAGACCUCGGUCACAUUGCUCUUUCACUUGUCAGUCAAUGUGCCUUGGGUGUGGACCAAGGGAAACAGAGGUCCCUCCCUAAAUCUGUGAUUGACGUGUGCCGCAUGGUCUACCAGGCAAAGUGUUCUUUAAUUAAGACUCAUCAGGAACAAGGUCGCUCUUACAAGGAGGUGUGUGCCCCGGUCAUCGAGCGUCUGCGCUUCCUGUUUAAUGAGCUGCGUCCGGCUGUAAGCAACGACCUGUCUAUAGUAUCCAAACUGAAGCUGCUGAGCUCUCAGCCGCGCUGGAGGAGGAUCACCCAAAAACUCAUCAGGGACCGCAGGAAAAAAAGAGUGCCUAAAAAGUCAGAGUCUGCUGACAUAGAAGAGCCAAAGCUGGAGAAUGAAGGGACCAAUGAAGAAGAACUUAAUGUCCACAUCAGCCCCACACCUGCUGACAGGAAAUCACCUACUAGCAGGACAUCGAAGCAGGACAAGUGGCAUCCGCUUCUGAACACUGUGGCCAAUGUCCAGAAGUACCGGUGGCUGAAGCACAGUGUUCAGGGUGCCUUUUCUCAAUCCAGCCUUAUGGCCACCAUAGUGGAGUUUGCGUUGAAAGAGGAGCCCCUGGAUGUGGAGAAGAUGAGGAAGUGUCUUCUCAAGCAGCUGGAGAGGGCCGAGGUGCGACUCGAGGGCAUCGACACUAUGCUGAAGUUGGCCUCCAGAAGCUUCCUGCUGCCAUCUGUGCAGUAUGCCAUGUUCUGUGGCUGGCAGAGGGUCAUACCAGAAGGGACCAACAUCGGAGAGCCUCUGUCUGACUGCCUGAAGGACGUGGAUUUGAUCCCUCCUUUCAACCGCAUGCUUUUGGAGGUGACCUUCGGCAAAUUAUAUUCCUGGGCCAUCCAUAAUGUUCGCAACAUCCUGCUCGAGGCCAGCGCCCGCUUCAAAGAGCUCGGUGUGCAGCCUGUACCCUUGCAGACCAUCACCAAUGAGAACCCGGCAGGACCAAGUCUUGGCACCAUUCCGCAAGCCCGCUUCCUUCUGUCUAUGAUACACAUGCUGUCCCUGAAACAUGGGUCCAACAGCCUCAGUCUCUUGUUAAAUUCUGGCAUACUGGCCCUCACACAGAGUAUACUCCGGCUCAUAGGGCCCAGCACAGACAGCAGUGAGGAGGACUUGAGUUUAUGUGCACUUGGAGGCUCAGCCACAGUACUGGAGGAGUCGAGAAAGGAGGCUACUCCUGCCCCAUUACCUGCCUCCGGCCCUGAGCUGGCUGCCAUGAUGAAGAUAGGCACCAGGGUUAUGAGAGGAGUCGACUGGAAAUGGGGAGAUCAGGACGGACCAGCACCAGGUCUCGGGCGGGUCAUUGGGGAGCUGGGCGAGGACGGCUGGAUCAGGGUCCAGUGGGAUACUAGCAGCACCAACUCUUACAGGAUGGGCAAAGAGGGCAAAUAUGACCUUAAACUGGCCGAGCCACCACCAGCUGCCCAGCCCCCUACUGAGGAUUCAGACACGGAGGAUGACACGGAAGGUGAGCUGAUGGAGAAGAGCAGCCACCCAACAGCUAUGAUGCUAACCAGCACAGUCAACCUAUUGAAGACACUAUCUCUAUCAGCUGGCAUCUAUGCAGAGGUGCUGCAAACAGAUGCUACACGGACCCUCUGUGGACUACUGAGGAUGCUCGUGGAAAGUGGAGCUAAUGACAAGACAGGCUGUCACUCACAAAGGCUGGUCUCUCGGGAGCAGCACAGGAGCUGGUGUACGCUGGGCUUCAUACGCAGCAUCGCUCUCAUGCCUCAGAUGUGCAGCACGCUCAGCUCCUCUGCGUGGAUUAGCCUGCUCAUUCGAAUUGUUGAGGGUCACCAGUCCUUCAAUGCCAUCACUCUGCAGAGACAGAUUCUGGCGCUACGUCUCCUGCAGGCAGUCUUGCCGUCAUGGGACAAGACGGAGCGCUCUCAGGACAUGAAGUUCCUGGUGGAGAAGUUGUUCAACUUCUUGGGAAGUCUACUAAGCACCUGCUCCUCAGACCUGCCACUUCUCAGAGAGGGUUCCCUGCGAAGGAGGAAGUCCCGUCCUCAGGCCUCUCUUACAGCCACUCACAGCAGCACGCUGGCUGAGGAGAUUGUUUCUGUCCUGCGCACUCUGCACUCUCUUGGCCAGUGGAACAGCAUGAUAAAUGAUUACAUCAACACUCAGCUGAGUUCCAUUGGAGAUGUUAUGGCAGGCUGCCAGUCAGAAGCAUGUUUUCUGGAGGAGUAUUUUCCUGAAUCAGAGGGUCCGAGGGUGGGCAGUCUGAUGGCAGUGUUGGCAGUCAUUGGAGGAAUUGAUGGGCGUCUCAGACUAGGAGGCCAAGUUAUUCAUGAGGAGUAUGGGGAAGGAACUGUCACUCGCAUUACCCCAAAAGGACGCAUCACCGUCCAGUUUCAUGAGAUGAGGACCUGCAGGGUUUGCUUGCUCAGCCAUCUCAAACCGCUGGCUGGAGUAACCUUCAGUGUGCAGAACCUGCCUUUCACUGAGCCCAUGCUGGCAGUCUGGGCUCAGCUGGUCAGCCUGGCUGGAAGCAAACUGGAGAAACAACGCUUGAAGAAGUCUCUUAGUAGAGGACUUACAGCUGACCAGGUUGACAUCCAUUUGCUGAGGUGCCAGCAGCUGAGGCUCUAUAUUUUAAAGGCAGCACGGGCCCUGCUCUCUCAUCAGGACAAACUCAGGCAAAUCCUCUCCCAGCCGGCAGUCAUCGACCUAGGACCCAACCCCAGUGAAGAUCCAGUGGUUUCAUCUCCUGAUGUGGGAGACUUGUCCCCUGAGGGCCCCUUACCUCCAUUGAUCCUCCUGCAGCAGCUGCUGUCUGCUGCCACUCAGCCCUCCCCCAUCAAAGCCAUUUUUGACAGGCAAGAGAUGGAGGCUGCAGCUCUGGCUGUGUGUCAGUACCUGGCUGUGGAAUCCGCCCACCCAUCCUCUCCACUGUUUGAGGAGAGCAGCUCCAGCGAGGCCACCACGCCUGUCACCAUACAACAUGUCCGACCUCCCAAGCAGAAGAAGCAGAAGACCUCCCCUGUCCCUCCCUUACCCAUAGUCCUCCAGCUUAUGGAGAUGGGGUUCCCGCGGAAAAACAUCGAGUUUGCCUUGAAGUCGCUUUCUGGUACUACAGGCAGUGCUUCUGGUGUCCCAGGUGUUGAGGCUCUGGUGGGCUGGCUGCUGGACCAUCCAGACAUUCACGUCACAGAGCUGUCAGAUGCCGACACCGUGUCGGAUGAAUACUCUGAUGAGGAGGUCCUGGAGGAGCUGGAGGAGGCUGAGCCGACAUUCUCUGUGCCUCCAGGUGCAGUGGUGACUGAGAGCCAGACGUUUAAGAAGAGAUCAGAUUUUCAAAGCAACGAUGACUAUGCUGUGUACGUGAGAGAGAACAUUCAGGUGGGAAUGAUGGUGAAGUGCUGCAGAACGUACGAGGAAGUGUAUGACGGGGAUGUUGGGAAAGUGAUCAAGCUGGACAGAGACGGACUUCAUGACCUAAAUGUGCAGUGUGACUGGCAGCAGAAAGGAGGAACGUACUGGGUCCGCUACAUCCACAUCGAGCUACUUGGAUUCCCACCACAAAGUUCUCCUUCUCAUAUAAAGAUUGGUGACAAAGUGAGGGUGAAGCCCACAGUCACCACACCAAAGUACAAAUGGGGCUCCGUCACUCACAGGAGUGUUGGGGUUGUGAAAGCUUUCAGCGCCAAUGGAAAGGAUGUGAUAGUAGACUUCCCUCAGCAGUCCCACUGGACUGGCUUGUUGUCUGAAAUGGAACUGGUGCCCAGUGUUCACCCUGGAGUGAGGUGUGACGGCUGCCAGAUGUUCCCCAUAAACGGCGCCAGGUUCAAAUGCAGGAACUGUGACGACUUCGACUUCUGUGAAAACUGCUUCAAGACCCGCAAACACAACACCAGGCAUUCCUUUGGCAGAAUCAACGAGCCCGGCCAGUCUCCAGCGUUCUGCGGCCGCUCAGGAAAACAGCUCAAGAAGCAUCACAGCAGCCAGCGAGGGAUGCUGAUUGACGAUUGGUCUCGUGCUGUCAAGAGCCUCAACGUGUCAUCCUCCGUUAACCAGGCCUCACGCCUCAUUGACUGCAGUGAUCAGUGUUGGCAGUCCUCUGGCUCGCAGGGAAAGCACUGGAUUCGUCUCGAGCUCUUCCCAGACGUUCUUGUGCACAGGUUGAAGAUGAUAGUGGACCCAGCGGACAGCAGCUACAUGCCCUCACUGGUGGUGGUGUCAGGCGGAAGCUCUUUGAAUAACUUGAUUGAGCUGAAGACAAUCAACAUCAAUCCCACGGACACCACUGUCCUUCUCCUUAGUGACUGUACUGAGUAUCACAGAUAUAUCGAGAUUGCAAUCAAGCAGUGCCGCAGCUCUGGUAUUGACUGCAAGAUUCAUGGACUUGCUAUCGUUGGGCGCAUCAGAGCAGAGGAUGAAGACCUGGCCACAGUCCCUUUCCUGGCGUCAGACAAUGAAGAAGAGGAUGAUGACAAAACGGCCACUGGGAGCCUUGCUCGGAAGAAGUCAUCAGGACUGGAGUCUGCAGCCACCAUCAGGACCAAAGUGUUUGUCUGGGGGCUGAAUGACAAGGACCAGCUGGGAGGACUCAAGGGUUCUAAGAUCAAGGUGCCCUCCUUCUCUGAAACACUCUCUGCCCUCAAUGUGGUUCAAGUGGCCGGUGGUUCCAAAAGCCUCUUUGCAGUGACGGUCGAGGGGAAGAUCUAUGCGUGUGGAGAGGCCACUAAUGGCAGGUUAGGCCUGGGCCUGUCCAGCGGGACCAUCCCAAUCCCCCGUCAGAUCACUGCACUCAGUAACUACGUGGUGAAGAAGGUUGCUGUGCACUCUGGGGGGCGUCACGCCAUGGCUCUGACCGUGGACGGGAAGGUCUUCUCCUGGGGAGAGGGAGAUGACGGCAAACUGGGCCACUUCAGCAGAAUGAACUGUGACAAGCCUCGUUUAAUUGAGGCACUGAAGACCAAGCGCAUCCGUGACAUCGCCUGUGGCAGCUCUCACAGCGCGGCAAUCACCUCCAGUGGGGAGCUGUACAGCUGGGGUCUGGGGGAAUAUGGCCGCCUAGGACAUGGAGACAACACUACUCAGCUGAGGCCUAAACUGGUAAAAGUGCUUCUGGGACACCGUGUUAUCCAGGUGGCUUGUGGAAGCAGGGAUGCUCAAACGCUGGCCCUCACUGAUGAAGGGUUGGUGUUCUCCUGGGGUGAUGGGGAUUUUGGGAAGCUGGGUCGCGGAGGCAGCGAGGGCUGCAACAUCCCCCAGAACAUAGAGAGGCUCAACGGGCAGGGAGUCUGCCAAAUCGAAUGUGGAGCACAGUUCUCCUUGGCUCUUACAAAAUCUGGAGUUGUGUGGACAUGGGGCAAAGGCGACUAUUUCCGAUUGGGCCAUGGCACCGAUGUUCAUGUGCGGAAACCCCAGAUGGUGGAAGGCCUGAGGGGCAAAAAGAUUGUCCACGUUGCAGUUGGGGCACUGCACUGUUUGGCUGUUACAGACACAGGACAGGUGUAUGCGUGGGGUGACAAUGACCACGGGCAGCAGGGCAACGGCACCACCACAGUUAACAGGAAGCCCACUCUGGUGCAGGGUCUCGAGGGACAGAAGAUCACCCGAGUGGCCUGUGGCUCCUCCCACAGCGUGUCCUGGACCACCGUGGAUGUGACCACACCCUCAGUUCACGAGCCAGUUCUUUUCCAGACGGCCAGGGACUCCCUUGGAGCAUCCUAUUUGGGCGUCCAGUCAGACAGUGACUCAUCAGCCGUGAACAACAAGAUGAGCGGGCAGAGCAACGUGAAGCCUAAUCGACCCUCGCUGGCCAAGAUCCUCCUCAGUCUGGAUGGCAACUUGGCCAAACAGCAGGCUCUGUCUCACGUGCUGUCAGCCCUGCAAAUCAUGUAUGCCAGGGAUGCAGUGGUCGGUGCUCUGAUGCCAGCCAGCAUGAUUCUGCCAGCAGAGUGUCCUUCCAGCUCACCUGUUCCCCCAUCAGACUCCUCUUCCUCAUCCAGCGUGAGUGAUGAAGAAGGUCCUCCUGUCCUGCCUGAGGCUGAGGAACGAGUCAGUCCCAAUCCCUGGCAAGACAAGAAGGGAGAGGUUCCCUCAUCAGAAGAAGCCGUCACUCCAUCAUCAGCUAUGACUCCCUCCGCCUCUGGUGCCUCCUCACGUCCUUUCAUCCCCGUCACUGACGACCCCGGAGCGGCCAGCAUCAUAGCUGAAACCAUGACCAAGACUAAAGAGGACUCUGAGAGCCAGAGUAAAGUGGUCGGUCCAGAGCCUCAGUACCUCGAUGAGUUCACAAGUCUGCUUGUGCCUGAUGACACACGUGUAAUGGUGGACCUGCUCAAACUGGCAGUUUCCUGUCGCUCUGGGGAGAAGGGCAAGGAGGUGCUGUCGGCUGUGCUGUCAGGCAUGGGGACAGCUUAUCCACAGGUUGCUGACAUGCUGCUGGAGUUGUGUGUCACUGAGUUGGAGGACGUUGCCACAGACUCACAGAGCGGCCGUCUGUCCUCCCAGCCGGUUGUUGUAGAGAGCAGCCAUCCGUACACUGACGACACCUCCACCAGUGGUACUGUGAAGAUCCCAGGUGCUGAGGGCCUCAGGAUCGAGUUUGACCGACAGUGUUCAACUGAGAGACGCCACGACCCGUUAACAAUCAUGGACGGCGCCAAUCGGAUUGUCUCUGUCAGAUCAGGCCGGGAGUGGUCUGACUGGUCCAGCGAGUUAAGGAUCCCAGGAGAUGAACUCAAAUGGAAAUUCACCAGCGACGGCUCUGUCAACGGCUGGGGCUGGCGCUUCACCGUCUACCCCAUCAUGCCUGCUGCUGGUCCCAAAGACUUGCUGUCAGAUCGCUGUAUCCUGUCCUGCCCCUCUAUGGACUUGGUCACCUGUCUGCUGGACUUCAGGCUCAACUUUGCCUCCAACAGGAGCAUUGUGCCUCGGCUGGCUGCUUCCCUCGCUGCUUGUGCCCAGCUGAGUGCGUUAGCUGCGGGACACAGGAUGUGGGCUCUGCAGAGACUACGAAAACUCCUGACCACAGAGUACGGUCAGUCCAUCAACAUAAACAGGCUGCUGGGGGACAGUGAAGGCGAGGCUCGCUCUAUGAGUUUCACAGGCAGUGCGCUGGCCGCUUUAGUGAAGGGGCUACCAGAGGCUCUGCAGAGGCAGUAUGAGUACGAGGACCCCAUUGUCAGGGGAGGGAAGCAGCUGCUUCAUAGUCCAUUUUUCAAGGUCUUGGUUGCUCUAGCCUGCGAUCUUGAGCUGGAUACCUUACCCUGCUGUGCCGAGACCCAUAAGUGGGCCUGGUUCCGCAGAUACUGCACAGCCUCCAGAGUCGCUGUGGCUCUAGACAAGAGGACCUCUCUACCAAGACCCUUCCUGGAUGAGGUGACAAAGAAAGUACGCGAGCUUAUGGCCGAUCACGAGAGCAUGAACGGCCUCCACGAGAGUCACGACUUGUUCAAGCGCGAGCACGACGAGCAGCUUGUACAGUGGAUGAACCGCCGACCAGACGACUGGACCCUCUCCGCCGGGGGGAGCGGUACCAUCUACGGCUGGGGCCACAACCACAGAGGUCAGCUGGGGGGCAUUGAGGGAGCAAAGGUCAAAGUGCCCACUCCCACAGAAGCGCUCGCCACCCUGCGGCCAGUGCAGCUUAUCGGCGGGGAGCAGACUCUGUUUGCUGUCACUGCCGAUGGAAAGCUGUAUGCAACAGGAUAUGGAGCUGGGGGCAGAUUGGGUAUUGGAGGCACAGAGUCUGUGUCCACUCCCACUUUACUGGAGUCCAUCCAACACGUCUUCAUCAGGAAAGUGGCUGUAAACUCUGGAGGGAAGCACUGCCUGGCGCUGUCCUCUGAGGGAGAAGUCUACUCGUGGGGAGAGGCUGAGGAUGGAAAACUCGGCCAUGGGAACAGAAGUCCUUGUGACCGUCCUCGUGUGAUUGAGUCCCUGAGGGGAGUGGAAGUGGUGGAUAUCGCAGCCGGAGGGGCACACAGCGCCUGCAUCACUGCCAGUGGAGAGCUCUUCACCUGGGGAAAAGGUCGCUACGGACGUCUGGGUCAUGGAGACAGUGAGGACCAGCUCAAACCCAAGCUGGUGGACGCACUACAGGGUCACAGGGUCAUUGAUGUGGCGUGCGGCAGCGGGGACGCCCAGACACUGUGUCUAACAGACGAUGACAUGGUCUGGUCUUGGGGAGACGGGGACUACGGCAAAUUGGGCCGAGGAGGCAGCGAUGGCUGCAAAAUCCCCAUGAAGAUUGACUCUCUCACCGGCCUCGGCGUGGUCAAAGUGGAGUGCGGCUCUCAGUUUUCUGUGGCUCUCACUAAGUCUGGGGCUGUGUACACGUGGGGGAAAGGGGACUAUCACCGGCUGGGCCACGGCUCUGACGACCACGUUCGACGGCCCAGACAGGUUCAGGGGCUGCAGGGGAAGAAGGUCAUCGCCAUCGCCACGGGCUCACUGCACUGUGUGUGCUGCACAGAGGAUGGAGAAGUGUACACAUGGGGCGACAACGAUGAAGGCCAACUUGGAGACGGGACCACUAACGCCAUCCAGAGGCCACGGCUGGUGGCUGCGCUGCAGGGCAAGAAAAUCAACAGGGUGGCAUGUGGUUCUGCUCACACCCUCGCCUGGUCCACCAGCAAGCCCACCAAUGCCGGCAAACUGCCUGCACAGGUGCCCAUGGAGUACAACCACCUGCAGGAGAUCCCCAUCAUGGCCCUGAGGAACAGGCUGCUGCUGCUGCAUCACAUCUCAGAGCUCUUCUGCCCGUGUAUACCCAUGUUCGACCUGGAGGGUCGACUGGGUCAGACAGGCCACGGACCCUCAGUGGGCUUCGACACACUCAGGGGCAUCCUCAUCUCCCAGGGGAAGGAAGCAGCUUUCAGGAAGGUGGUUCAAGCCACGAUGGUGAGGGACAGACAGCACGGACCUGUGGUGGAGCUCAACAGGAUACAGGUGAAGCGUUCCCGUAGCAAAGGGGGUCUGGCAGGGCCCGACGGAACAAAGUCUGUGUUUGGUCAGAUGUGUGCCAAAAUGAGCUCGUUCAGCCCAGACAGCCUGCUGCUCCCUCACCGAGUGUGGAAGGUCAAAUUUGUUGGGGAGUCCGUGGACGACUGCGGUGGCGGUUACAGCGAGUCCAUUGCCGAAAUGUGCGAGGAGCUGCAGAACGCCUUGACUCCGCUGCUCAUCGUCACCCCCAACGGCCGCGACGAGUCGGGCGCCAACAGGGACUGUUUCCUGCUCAACCCCGCAGCCAAGUCCCCUCUUCACAUGAGCAUGUUCCGCUUCCUAGGAGUGCUCUUGGGCAUUGCAAUCCGGACCGGAAGCCCUCUUAGUCUGAACCUGGCAGAGCCGGUGUGGAAACAGCUGGCAGGCAUGAACCUGACCAUCGCUGACCUCAGUGAGGUUGAUAAGGAUUUUAUUCCUGGUUUGAUGUACAUCCGGGACAACGAGGCCACCGCUGAGGAGUUCGAGGCCAUGACUCUUCCCUUCACAGUGCCCAACGCCAGCGGCCAGGACAUCCAGCUCAGCUCCAAGUACUCCCACAUCACCCUGGAGAACCGCGCCGAAUACGUCCGCCUGGCGAUUAACUACAGGCUCCAUGAGUUUGAUGAGCAGGUCUCUGCCGUGCGUGAGGGGAUGGCUCGAGUAGUUCCAGUUCCCUUGCUGUCGCUCUUCACUGGUUACGAACUGGAAACUAUGGUGUGCGGAAGCCCGGACAUCCCUCUCCACCUGCUGAAGUCGGUGGCCACUUACAAAGGAGUGGAGCCGACGUCUCCGCUCAUCCAGUGGUUCUGGGAGGUGAUGGAGUCCUUCUCCAACACGGAGAGGUCGCUUUUCCUGAGGUUCGUCUGGGGUCGCACACGCCUGCCUCGCACCAUCGCUGACUUCCGUGGGCGGGAUUUUGUUGUGCAGGUGCUGGAUAAGUACAACCCCCCCGACCACUUCCUGCCAGAGUCCUACACGUGUUUCUUCCUGCUGAAGCUGCCCAGGUACUCGUGUAAACAGGUGCUGGAGGAGAAGCUGAAAUACGCCAUUCACUUCUGCAAGUCUAUCGACACCGACGACUACGCACGCAUCGCCCUGUCCGGCGAGCCCGCCGCUGACGACAGCAGCGAAGACUCGGAUAACGAGGACGCCGACUCCUUCGCUUCGGACUCCACCCAGGACUACUUGACAGGACACUGAACUUUGUAGAAGGACGAGUGGAAGAGGCGCCGCCACAGAGAGGCUGCAUUAAUCUCACCUAUUAACACACAUUCAUACAGGCAUUCUACUAAGACACAAACGUCUGUGGGGGAAAAAUGUGCAAUGAGCUUUAAAAGCAUUAUAAGCUAAAGAGAGGAACAAA